UUGCCUCACAUAGCUCCAGGCGGCUCUGUCUGUGCUCACACUGGACCCUGCUGAUUGGACGAGUGUGGAGAGCUCAUACCUGCCAGGUGGAGGUGAAUGCUGCAUAAUUUUCUGAGUUAAAUGGGAGUGGUGGGAACUCCUCCUACUUCCCCUGUCUACUCAAAAGCACCGGUGGCAGCAGCUGAGGAGCUAAAAAGAGAAGGAAAUACACAAGUAGCGGCCUACUGAACACACAUCAGGGAGAAAAACAGCUGUGAUAGUCACAGAGUUACGACGUGUGUUUCUGGCAAGCUGACAAGACAAAUUGAUUGCUCAGACGUGCAGCAAAGAUGGCCUCCGCCGCUCCGUUCAGCCGCAGACAGUGGGCGUCCCAGUCACUGAGGGUCACCGCCAAGGAGAUGUCCAUCGUCUCUGCGCGGGGUAAAAACAACGCAAUCGCAGAACGCUUUUCCAAGUACCAGAUGGCAGCAGAAGAGGGAAAUGCAGAGAAGAAGAAAGCGGUUGUAGAACCUCUUCCCUCCACACUGCGCAGCGGGAAUCUGAGUGUUUUAAAGAAACGCUGGGAACAACAACAGCAGCAGCAGCCGUCCAGCCACAGAGCCCAACGUCAAGCCUGCAGCCCUGCCGACGCUCAGAUCCACAUCAGUCAACCCACAGGCCCCAAUCCUAGACCCACAUCACAGAUUGAGAACCAGCCAGACACCCUGAAAACCACCACACUCUCACUGGACCAGCAUACUGAGCCGGAGACGCAGGUUCACUCCGAGACCAGCUCCAACCAGCUGCAGUCAGCUCAACCCCAGGAUCUGAGUGACAUGGAGGAGAAGCCCAGCAAAGAUUCAGAGGGGCAGGAGGGAGCAGCAGCAGCUGAAGUACCGGACUCUGAGAGGCCGAGUGUUCCCCUCAACAGCCUCAAGAUGAUGUUUGAGAAGAGAGAGAACCUGACCGACGAGGUAUCCAGAGAGCAAACGAGUAGAGGAAACAACGGUAAUACUGCCAACAUGGACCAGCUACUUGGAGAUGGAAGUCUUGCAGAGUCGACUCCUCUCCGGGACAGGAUGGCCCUCUACCAAGCUGCCAUCUCCAAACAGGAAGUAACUCCCACCUCAGUCAGUAGUGAUCAGCUGGACAGUUUCUGCGGGAAGCAGAAGGAGAACGUUCCUCCGUGCACUCUGGACCUGAGUCCAGAGUCUGAACCAAACAGCAGGAAGGGUUUCACCUCGGAGAGCAACGGCUCCGCUUCUGGCACUCCUACAUCCUCCAAUCAGAGAGACUCCUCUCAGCCCAAGACUCCUAAAAACUUCCGCCUGCCUGUGAGGGAGACCUGUGUGUCGUGUCUAAAGACGGUUUAUCCUCUAGAGAGGCUGGUGGCCAAUCAGCACGUUUACCACAGCUCCUGCUUCCGCUGCUCACACUGCAACACCAAACUCAGUUUGGUGAACUACGCCUCCCUGCACAACAACGUCUACUGCAAGCCGCACUUCUGCCAGCUGUUCAAGGCCAAGGGCAACUACGACGAGGGCUUCGGCCACCGGCCCCACAAACAGCUGUGGGAUAGCAAAGGGGAGAGCGGCGAGACCUCCCCACAGUCCAACACUCCGACCAAGCCAAAGAUCCAGAGCCCGGCCCCGGCCUCAGACCUGGACAGCCCCAGUGUGGAGGACUCCCCGCUGGCUAAAGUCAACGUGCUGAUGGCCACUAUGGAGGCUCUGGGACAGGGAUCACCAGAGAAGUCUGACAGACCCACUGAGACCCGCAGGCUGAAAAUCUCCUGGCCACCACGAACGGAGCUGGAGGACUCGAGCGGCCGCAGUGGCGCCGCCACAACGACCGCAGACGAGGGGUCCGCCAGUAAGCCCAUCCGAGCCAAGUGGCCCCCAGAGGAGGACUCCCUCUCCUCACCCCCAGAACAGGCCAGAGAGGCGCCCUGCCUGCGCCGCACCUCCUCCCUGAAGGAGCGCAGCAUGCCCUUCACACUGGCAGGACAAGCUCCUGCUCCUGAGGCCAGACAACCGAGUCCUCCUCCUGUGGACGACAGGCAGCCCAGUCCUGAACCAUCCAGCAUGGAGCUGCAGCACUGCGGCCAGUCGACAGACAGCCAGACACCCACCGAGGACAGCUGUGUGGACGUCCACACCAGCUCCGGAGAGGAGGAGCAGGAGGGGGAGAUGAAGACUGAAUACUUGGCGGACUAUCGUCUCGCCAAAGAGAAAGACGACACUCCGGAUGAUCAACCUGAAGAGGAGGAGGAGGAGAAGAUGGAGGAGGAGGAGGAGGAGGAAGAUGGAGAUGUGUCAGAGGAAGAGAUGGCGCCUCUGAAACGGGAGGAGACGCCGACAGACAUCUCAUCUCCGGAAGGUGAGGUGGAAGCCAGCCAGUCGUCUCAGGAUGUGGGCUUCUGGGACAGCGAGGAGGUGGAGGAUAAGGAGGAGGCAGAGCAGCAGCAGCAGGAGGAGGAUGAGGAGGUGCUGACGGUGGAGGAAAUGAUCAAACGGAACCGACACUACGAGGACGAAGAGGAGGAAGAGGAUGCAUGAACUGAUCGAUCAACAACAUAACCAUGGACACUUGGUGGACUUCAUGCCAUUCCUUUUUUUUUUUUUUAGAGGUUUUCUUCUCUUCUUAAAAGAGUUGCUGCAGUGUCUAGUGUGAACUCUACUGAACUCUUUAUUUGUGCCUCUUUCGAACACUUUCUGAAACCUUUAAAGCCAUUCCUACAAGAUAGUUUUUACAAGGCUAUUGUCCCUCUGACACAAAUUGUUUUUAAAUGUACAAUAUUUAAAAUUACGCCCCAUGUAAUGUUUUUUAGCACUGAGAUGUCCAAAGGUAUGAUGAUGACAUGUAGAGAAUUAUUUUCUGUAAUUUUUCUAUUUUCAUUGAAAGCCUCCUAAUCUGGAUUGAAACUUAUGCUAUAAGUACCAAUAGCAUGAUCCUAUUACUAUACCAAGAAGUGGGAUUAUUACAGCUUCUUAAUGGAGUCCUUUUUUUAAUAGGAAAGCUAAAAGAAGACGUGCCACUCUGUUUUAGAAAAAGCCCAGGCCAGCACUAGGAUCAGUUUAAAAUAAUGGAUUUGGAUAUGUUUUGACUUUCUGUGGAAAAUACAUCUGUCACUUUACUUUCUUUUCAGUUGCCCUUCUGUAUGUACAUGUUAGACUUAAAAAAA